CUCAACGGCUCGUUGUCGUUUUCCUCUCCCUCCCCUUAUUCUCCACGCCCAAUGCCUCCGCGCAUCUCCUCGCCCUGUUGGUGUUGGUGUCGCCUUUCCUUGUCCCCGUCCUUCCUCCAGCCCCUCUCCGGGGGUCUUCGCCCGCGCCCUCGCCGCCGCGAUGGCGGCGGCGGAGGCCGCGGCGCCCGGGCGGUGCUCGGCGCUGGGGCAGGUCGCGCGGCUCGCGGGGCCCACGAUGGGCAUGUACUUGCUGCUGAUGGCCACCGAGACCAUCUCGCUGCUCUUCCUAUCGCGGGCCGGAGGGGAGGUUGUCCCCGGCGGGGCCCGGGGAAGCUCCAACGCGGAGAUCGCAGGGCUCGGCCUGGGCAACCUCGUCUACAACUGCGCUGCCCUGGCGGUGGGCUUCGGCUUCACGGGCUCCCAGGACACUCUGGUGACGCAGGCUUACGGGCGGGGCCGUCACGACCUGUGCGAGUUGUAUUUGCACCGCUGCCAGGUUUGGAUGUUUGCGGUCACCGUCGCUUGCGGCAGCGUGGUGGUCUUCACGGAGCCGCUUCUGUUACUGCUGCGGGCAUGCGACGAGGAGACGGCGUUGCACGCGGGAACCUACACCCGGCUGUGCGCGCUGGGUCUGCCGGGGCUGUUCCAGUACAGCGCGCUCAGGAAGUUCCUGAUGGCGCAGAAGCUCCCAAGGCCCUCGUUGUGGGUUCAGUGCGCCUCCGUGCCCCUGCACGUCGCCUGGUGUGCGCUGCUGGUGCCCUCCCGUCGCAUACAGGGCGUCGGCAUCGCCAUGGCGCUGAAGAGCUGGACGGACCUGUGCCUGCUCGGCUUGUACGCGUCCAUCAGCAAUCCGCGGCCAGGCUGCCGCGACUGGUGGCGCUUCUGGAGGGCGCUGCGGGGCCGCCGCAGGUGGGACGGAUUGCAGGAGUACCUGUGGCUGGCUCUGCCGGUAGUGGCCAUGAUGGCCGUGGAGUGGUGGGCCUUCGAGAUGUUGUCGCUGGCCGUCGGGUAUUUCCACUCGCGGGAGAAGCUCGCUGCUCACGUCACAGCCGUCAACGUCGCUAGCAUCCUGUAUCUGGCCGGCACGGGCGCCCAGAAGGCGACCGCCACGCUGGUGGGGGGCGCGGUAGGCCGCGGGGACGAGGCGUCCGUGCGCCGCUUCUUCCGUGCGGCGCUGGAGUGGAACUGCGGUGCCGGCGCGCUCAUGGGCCUCGCCGUCGUGGUGCUGCGGGGCGAGAUCGCGGUGGCGUUCGACCCGAACAGCCCUGGCGUGCAGGACCUCCUGAUGAGGCUUCUGCCGCUGCUGGCCGUCCAGGGGGUAAUCGACGGGGUGAACCAAGUCAUGCAGGGUGCGCUCCAGGGCUUUGGAUUGCAGAACCGCGCCUCGCGCGUGUCGCUCCUCUGCUACUGGGUGAUCCAGCUGCCCGUUGCCCUCACGUUCGGCUUCCCGCUUGGGCUCGGAGUGCCCGGCCUGUGGCUCGGCUGCAUCUUUUGCAGCACUGUGGCCUUCGUGCUCAACACCUCGCUAUUCUGCCGUGCCAGCUUCUCAGAGGCCUCCAUCGCCGCGCGCGCGCGGAUGGAGGCGGACACCUCGCGACAGGUUUCCGCGGAGGAUUUGGCGAGGCCCCUAGAGGACGCCGAGGGUGGCGACAAUUUUUCUCUUCCGGUUGGCAGCAGCGGCGGGGAUGCGAUCCAGCCGGCACAGGCCUGCAAGCCGCCAACAUGAGGGGUUUGCCAGCGGCAUGGCAAGCAAACCCGCGUGCCUGCAGGCUUGCACAGAGUGUGCGCGCUGGGACAGUGGAGGCUCCGCCACUUUCCAGUACAGGUGUUUUUGUUUUCCUCUCUUGCUGGAGAUCCGAUGUGUGCGCAUAGCAGUCAACGCAUCUUAUUCGGCCAGUGAAUGGUGCGAACCACUCCCGCCGAUGUGACAGGGAACUCCUUCGUGGCCACACUUUGCCGGGCGAUCCAGCAUGGCGCGAUAUAGUAGGGCGCUCCUUCUGUGCACUGAUGACUACGCUUUGCGCUCUGUGAUUGCAGCCUCACGCGUAAUCAAUGAAACAUGUCAUGCUCAGAAACAAAGACAAGCUAGCUAUCGCAGAAGGCAUC